GAACGGCUGGGCCUAUUCUUCGGGUGCCUUGUGCCGCGCCACCUUUCCGCCGGCGUCAGCUGAGUACCUUGACGAAACUCUAGAACCUAAUCGCAAGUCACAGAUCCUGGACGUCUUGUGGAGAUCAGGGCGCCAAGGGGUGGACGAAGAGGAGGAGGAGGUUCAGAUCUUGGAAAGGCCAGCUGCAAAAGCUCGCCCAACUCCGAAAGCAUCGGAACCGGUUCAGAUCUUGGCGAGGCCAGCUGCAAAAGCUCGACCAACUUCGAAAGCAUCAGGACCAGUCGAUUACCCAACAGGCUCAUCAUCGUCAUCUGUUGUGCCAGAGGCAAAAUCUAGUGUAACAAAUCAGCUAGGAGCUCGUGCGAAGCCAGCUGCGAAGGCAAUCGAGAGAAUCUUGAGGCCUCGACUUUAUCUUCCGGACACGGUGGUUUGGUUCGAUCGCGGCAACAAGGCUGAAGACAUUGGCUCUGGCCCGGAUCCUGUGGGAGUGAACUUCAAGGAGGUUUCAAACUACAGUGCAUAUCGACUGAGGGGACUUGGAACGACACAUUCCCGCAAGACUCCAUUGCGUUUUUGCAACGUCUUAAAGGGGCGGCUGGGCAGACGUGGGGUCAUCGAGACGCUUUGUCAAUCGUGA